CUGCAAAGCAGGACGUCGAGUUGAUUAUCGUAUCGAAGGUUAUUUAAAUGGAGAUAAUAAAGGUGAGGUUUCUAUAUAUGAUAAAAAUGUUAGAAUUAUAUAAAUUAUAUGAUCAAAUUCACACCUCUUAAUCGUUUAAGUUUUUUGACAUGGUAACUUAGUAGACUUCAAAUGCAAACUCGAUAUGUCAAUCAUUUCAUUUUACAUAGCAUGGUAACUUGUUUAUAUGCUUGGAAACUUGUUUAUUCCAUUUUCUUAGGCCAUGAAUUUUCUAAUUCAUUCAAAUCACUUUCUUGGUUAAUUAAUUAAUUAAUAUGUAUUCUUUCUUGUAGGAUUCCUAAUACCACUAAUGAUCAUUAUUAUCGACCUCGGGCUAUACCAUGGAGCAAAAAUUAUAAUCGGGGCCCCAUUUGUGGUUGCAUUCUUGAUAUAUAAAUGGCGCAGGAGACAUUUAUCAGCAUUUGACAUCAUUGAAGAAUUUUUACAAAAUAACAAUAAUCUCAUGCCAAUAAGGUAUUCGUACUCAGAAGUUAAGAAAAUGACCAAAAAUUUUAAGGAUAAACUAGGUGAAGGUGGCUAUGGCACUGUCUUUAAGGGAACACUUCGAAGUGGCCGACGUGUAGCUAUAAAGAUGUUAGGUAAGUCCAAAGCUAACGGACAAGAGUUUAUCAGUGAAGUUGCAACAAUUGGAAGAAUCCAUCACAUUAAUGUAGUGCAACUAAUUGGCUUUUGUGUUGAGGGAUCAAAACGUGCUCUUAUAUAUGAGUUCAUGCCCAAUGGAUCUCUCAAUAAAUACAUUUUUUCACAAGAAGGAAGUAUUCUUCUAAGUUACGAGAAAAUGCAUGAUAUUGCUUUGGGAGUAGCUCAUGCUAUUGAGUAUUUGCAUCGAGGAUGUCAAAUGCAGAUUCUGCAUUUUGAUAUCAAGCCUCACAAUAUUCUGCUCGACGAAGACUUUACUCCUAAGGUUUCUGACUUUGGUCUAGCAAAAUUGUACCAUAUAGAUGACAAUACUAUUUCUUUAACUGCUGUAAGGGGAACAUUAGGAUACAUGGCCCCUGAGUUGUGCUACAAAAAUAUUGGAAGCAUCUCAUGCAAAGCUGAUGUUUAUAGUUUUGGAAUGUUAUUGAUGGACAUGAUGGGUAGGCGAAAGAACAUGAAUGCAAUUGCAGACCAAUCAAGUGAAUACUUUCCCACUUGUGUCUAUGAGGAAGUGCAAGAUGAAAAUGGGAUAAAAUUAGAAAAUGCCACGGAAGAUGAAAAGAAAAUAGCCAAAGAGAUUAUUGUAGUUGCGUUAUGGUGUAUACAGAUGAAACCAAACGAUCGUCCUUCAAUGAAUAAAGUUGUAGAAAUGCUUGAAAGGGGUGUUGAAAGGUUACAAAUGCCUCCCAAGCCUUUUCUAUCAUCACUGGAGAGACAACCAGAAGAUAUUGAAGACAAUUCAAAUCAAACUUUCCUGUCAAGUCAAUAUACUCAAUCGUCGAUCCAAAGUAAUUGAUAUGUUGAUUGUUGGUUUUACAUGGGGAACCUAUUAGCCCUAACCAAGAAGAAGAUCUUGUAAUAUUUGACAUGCUACAUAUGAUUGCUUUCCUUA